UUGUGUUUUCUGCAUAAAAGGCGCUGAGAAGCCAAAGUUCUGCUCAUUGAAUUCAAGAUCACUGACUGAGARCAAGAUUUAAAAGGAGAGACGUACUUCAAGAACUUGUACUCAAGACAAUGAAUCUCAAGAUUCUUAUUCUGCUUUGCCUCGUCACCAUUCUCACUCUUCCUGAUGCGGACGCUUGGGGGGUAAGAAGAAGGAUACGAUUUAGAGUCAGACUUAGAAGAGUUGUACGAGUGGUAUGCAGUGUGAGCUGUAAGGUCAAAGGCUGCAAGUACACCUGGGUUCACCACAAGCUCAGACGUGUUUGCCACAGGACUUGCGGUAGAGUCUGCCGUAAGAUCUUUGGUAAGAGAGACGCAGAUGAAAGUCUUGGAAUGAUCCAGGAUGACAUCGCUUUUAAUAAAAGGAGUUUUUCUGCCGAAAUAUCCUUGCGCCAACCGGCUCGUCUCUCUAUGUACGAUACAGACAAAGAUGGUCGCAUUUCAAGAGCCGAGUUCAUGGCGAUUCAGCCACGAGACAGCGAUGUUAAAUCGAUUAAAAAGGCUUUUGAUGCCAUGGAUACCAACGGGGACCACUACAUUGACUGCAAGGAGUUUCUUAAAGCCAAAGUCGAGUAUCGGGGCAGACCGCGAUGCUAAAUACUGACGAAGCAUUCGAAUUCCUUGUCAUGUUGUAGCUGAAAACUGCAUGAAAAUUAGUCGAAAAAUUAGUCUGAAAAAGCUGAUAUUAAGUUAUCAUGUCAUUAAAGCUGAAUUAAAUGAAUUAGCAUUAAACGAUAAGCAUGGAA